AUGGAUGCAACCCAAACGGAAGGCUCUGUUGAGAGAGUUCCACAAGAAACCUUGAUUGACAUGAUACAGUCAGACGAACGGGGCGCGUUGACCAUAGGAACCUUGCAUGACAUCAUACUGUCACAAGACGGGGAAAACAAAUUAACCCUACAAGAUGUGUUCGAUCGCCUCGGCGGCAGCGGAAGCAGUUCGUCGGAAGAACAUCGGCAGUUUUCCAGCCAGACAGCGACAAUGGCUACUCAGCAGAUGGCUGAAAGCGCCUUUUGUUCCCUCCGUGAGCGCAAUGAUUUGACACCGGAGGAUCAAUCUUCCAACAAGGCGUCAGACAAAGAAAAGCUUGACAACCCACUAUCCUUUGCAAAAUCAAGUCCAGAACGUGCGGAUGAAACAGCCGACGUGGCUCCACUGCCAGAAUCAGCAACGCCUGCGCAAUCCGACUGCGUUGCUAUUGUUACUCCUCAUGAACACGAUGUGUUAUGUUGUGGUGGUAGAGGCGACUUUGUGAAACAGCAUCACGCUGGCAAUCAGAACGAAACGAAGGCGAACGGAAGGAUGCUUUGCUCUCAGGGUGGGAUCUCGAUAGCUCGUGCCAAGAUGUCGGGCCCUAGCAUUCCAUCCAUCACCAGCUGCAGCACUAGCAUGUUUGUGGAACCAUCGAAACCAGUUUCGUCCCACAUCACCACUGGUCCCAUGGAGAUGAUUGCCGAUCUCAACAACAUGGGAGUCGAACUUGUUGACUCCUCCGAACUCCAUGAAGCCACUCAAUUGUUUCGAAGAGCAUUGUCCAAGGCAAACGACAUGGCUUUCUUUGCUGGCUCUUCGGCACGGUCUCCCAUUGGCGAGAACUCGGACGCUUCCAAGAACCUUUACAUCUACCAACGGGGAGAAUACGACGAAGGCAUGCACACCUUCUCCCAACCAAUCAUGAUCGACGCCGAACUUGCAUCCAUCCACACUAGCGUUGCUACCAUCCUCUACAAUUUGGGCCAAGUUGCCAUCUGCACAAACAACAACCAAGAAGCCUGCACAUCCUUCCUCCGCGCUCUUCAGAUCUUCCAGUGUGGCUCUGACUGCUGUGCCAACAGCAUGAAGGCUCUUAGCCACGCUGGAGGUGUCACUGUCGUCGCCAUCUUGUCCAAUAUCGGAAAUGUCCUCUACCGAGCUGGUCGCUUUGAAGAGGCCAUUCAGACUUUCCAAAAGGCACUCGAAGCACUGGCUUACUACAAAGAGUCCCUCCGAAUUCGUCGCAAUGUCCUCGGACAAGAUGCCGCCACCAAGGAGGUCGCCACAACAAUGAACAACAUUGGCCGCUUUCACUACAAGAAGGGCGAUCUUGAUCAGGCUCUCCGCAUCUACUCGGAGGCUUUGACCAUGCGCCAUCAGCUCUUUGGUGAUGAUCACCUCGACAUUGCUGCCGUCUGCUACAACAUGGGCCAAACCCUCCACCAAAAGGGUAGGUUGGAUGACGCCAUGGAACUCUACAGUGGAUUUUUAAAGAUUGCCCGCAAACGCCUUGGGUGCAACCACCGCGAUGUCGUCAUCAUGCUCAAGUGCAUUGCGCAGAUCCACCAUGAACGCUCCGAAUUCGAACAGGCUUGCAAACUGUACCGUGAAGCCUUGCAGGUCGGAGAAGCAGCAUUGGGAAUGAACCACCCAGAGAUCGCCUCCACGCUCAACAAGCUUGGAAACCUUCUCUACAAAAGCGGAGACGCUGAGGGUGCCAUUCGUGUCUACAAGGAGGGAUUGAAGGUGGAACGGGCCGUCUUGAGCUCCUGCCACCCCAACAUUGUCGUCACUUUGACCAACAUUGGAGAGAUCCACAAGCUCCGUGGCGAGUAUCACGAUGCCCUUCGUGUCUACAAGGAGGCCGUCCAGAUCCAACAACGCAACCGCGAAAGUUCCACCACAGACAUUGCUGCCACACUCUCUGCCAUUGCCUUGAUCCACUCCCAAGCAUCUGCGAGAGAGCUCGCAACUGGGGAUGCCCGAGCUCAAUGGCUCUUUGCCGGACCUGGUCCACCUGGCUUGGAUCUAUUGGAAAGCACUCAACUCCAAGUGCUUCUUCUGGGCCAUCAGCAGGUUCCCCAGACACACAGCUAUUCCAAGGCCUUGGAAGUCUACCAAGAGGCUCUUCGUAUCCGCCGCGAUGCCUAG